AUGCUGCCCCUCCGCCCCGCGCUGCUGCCCAAGCGCUACCGCGGCGGCUCGGCUCCGCGCUCGCGGCCGGGCCGCGCGGCCGCCCGAGCGGCGGCGGCAGGAGCAGGAGGAGGAGGGCGUGGCGGCGGCGGCAGCGGCGGCGGGUGCCCGGCGGCGGUCCCGCGCGGCGGCGCUGGCGGCGCCGGUCCGGUCCGGCUGCCGGUCCGGGUGCCGGUCCGGCGGCGCGGGCCGGGGUCGCCGCGGGCUGCCCGGAGGGGGGCGGAGCAGGAGCCGGUGCGCCCGUGCGCGCGCUGGCCGGUAGGGGCCGCUGUCGCUCCCCGCAGGGCGCGGGGGGGCGGGGCCGGCGGGCGCGGCGCGAGGCCCGGUCGCGCGGCGGCGGCGGCGCUGCUCCUGGCCCAGCCGGCGGCGGCCAUGGCGGCCGUGCUGUCCCCGCGCCUCUGCGACAGCGACCCCGCCACGCCCGGCGCGCAGUCCCUCAAGGAUGACACAGAAGAAAAUUCCAAUGAUGGCAGCCAGCCAUCCAAAAGACGGCGUAUGGGCUCAGGGGACAGUUCUCGGAGCUGUGAAACUUCUAGUCAAGACCUUGGAUAUAGUUAUUUUCCUGCUGAAAAUUUGAUAGAAUACAAAUGGCCACCAGAUGAAACAGGAGAAUACUAUAUGCUUCAGGAGCAAGUCAGUGAAUAUUUGGGUGUAACUUCCUUUAAAAGAAAAUAUCCAGAUUUAGAAAGGCGAGAUCUGUCUCACAAGGAGAAACUCUACCUCAGAGAACUAAAUGUUAUCACAGAGACUCAGUGCACACUAGGUCUAACAGCUUUGCGUAGUGAUGAAGUAAUUGAUCUUAUGAUUAAAGAAUACCCUGCCAAACAUGCUGAGUAUUCUGUUAUACUGCAAGAGAAAGAACGUCAGCGAAUAACGGAUCAUUAUAAAGAGUACUCUCAAAUGCAGCAGCAGAACACACAGAAAGUAGAAGCCAGUAAAGUUCCAGAAUACAUUAAAAAAGCUGCCAAGAAAGCUGCAGAAUUCAACAGCAAUUUAAACCGAGAGCGGAUGGAAGAAAGAAGAGCCUAUUUUGAUUUGCAGACGCAUAUUAUCCAGGUGCCUCAAGGAAAAUACAAAAUCUUACCUACAGAGAGAACAAAGGUUAGUCCUUAUCCAGUGGCUCUCAUACCCGGCCAGUUCCAGGAGUACUACAAAAGAUACUCUCCAGAUGAACUUCGUUACUUGCCAUUAAACACAGCUCUUUACGAACCUCCUUUGGAUCCAGAGCUGCCUGCAUUGGACAGUGAUGGAGAUUCAGAUGAUGCAGAGGAAGGGCGAGGUGAUGAGAAACGGAAAACCAAAGGCAAUUCGCCAAAGGUCAUUCCAAAUGCUAUAUGUGGAAUUUGUCUGAAGGGUAAGGACUCCAACAAGAAAGGAAAAGCUGAAGCUCUUAUACAUUGCUCCCAGUGUGACAACAGUGGCCAUCCUUCUUGCCUUGAUAUGACCCCGGAGCUUGUUGCUAUGAUUAAGACUUAUCCUUGGCAAUGUAUGGAGUGUAAAACGUGCAUAAUAUGUGGGCAGCCUCACCAUGAAGAAGAAAUGAUGUUCUGUGAUGUAUGUGACCGUGGUUAUCACACUUUUUGUGUGGGGCUUGACGCUAUCCCUUCAGGUCGCUGGAUUUGUGAUUGUUGUCAAAAAGAACCUCCUGUACCCAGAAGAGGAGGAAGAAGGGGGAAAAACAGCAAAGAGGGCUAAAAAAACCCCAAAAGGUUGCUCUCCAAAACUUAAAUGCACAAAUUAAAGUGAUACUUUGGUGCUAUUUAAUCAACCACUCUAAGAGGAACAAUACCACUUUUUCUUUUUACCAAAUAAACUUUUAAAUAAUAUAUAA